UACUAGCUGCUGCUAUUGCUGUUAUAUUAGGGAAUAGGGAGAAUAUGUAAACUUAUUUUACAUACAUAUGUUACAAUGUGCGCAAACUCAAAUACAACACGAGAGAAUUGUUACCUGAUCGAUAAUGACAUUUUUUUUCUUUUUAUAAAAUACGUACACACAAGAGUCACCACCACUUUACCACCAAGCUGGAAAAACAUUUAUUAUAUUAUAUUAUAUUUUUGUCUUUAUUAUAUACAUAAUAAUAUAUAUUUAAUUAUUUUAAUAAUAAAUUAUAGUUUUUCCAAGUCAAAAAAAUAUAUAUUAUAUAGUACAAGUAUAAAUUUAACGUAAAUAAUAUUUUUAUUUUAAAUAGGCUUUUUAAAAAUAACUUUUUUUUUUUUUCUUUUAAUCAAGUUUUUUAACAAAGUAAAGUAAGAGUAAUGAAGAAAUGUUUACUACCAAUACUUUUUGGAAUAAUAAUAUUUUCAACACCUGGACAAACCGAUUACAUUUCGGUUGCUACAGUAAAAACAUGGGCUCACAAACUUGGUUUCGAACUUUCACAACUUGGAAAAUACGUAACAAAUAUAGAAAAAUUCGAACAAAGUUACAAACAAGCUGAAAUAAAACCUCGUGAUGGUAAUGCUUUGGUACAUGAAAUAGCAAAAGAUAUAAAAGCAAUGACUGAUGCUAAAAUGUCUGCAAUAAAGAGAAUUAUGGAUGUUGCUGAAACAACUGCUGAAUCAGCUAGUGAUGAUGAUUCAGCUGCUGAUUUUAAUUAUACAAAUGCUAAAAAUAAUACAAUUGAUUUACAAUAUAGUGUACAUUUUGGUGGUGAAAUAAAUUUAAAUUUAUCAGCAGUUCAUGUACCAACAAAUGUUUAUGAUAGAGCACCAGAUGUUAUUAAAGCAAUAAAAUGGUCACAAACAUUGGAUGAAACAUUUAUAAAUAAUUUACAAAAUGAUCCAUCAUUAUCAUGGCAAUAUUUUGGUAGUUCAACUGGUUUUAUGAGACAAUAUCCAGCAACAGUAUGGAAUCCAAAACCAGUUGAUUUAUUUGAUUGUCGUACUAGAGGAUGGUAUAUUGAAGCAGCAACAUCACCAAAAGAUGUAUUAAUAUUAGUUGAUACAUCUGGUAGUAUGAUGGGAAUGAAAAGAGAAAUAGCAAGACAUGUUGUUAAUAAUAUACUUGAUACACUUGGUAAUAAUGAUUUUGUUAAUAUAAUAACAUUUUCAAAUGUAACACAUGAAGUUGUAUCAUGUUUUAAUGAUACACUUGUACAAGCUAAUUUAGCAAAUAUACGUGAAUUAAAAGAUGCCAUUGAAGAUAUGCAAACUGAAAGAAUUGCAAAUUUUUCAUUAGUAUUAACAUAUGCAUUUGAGCUACUUGAACAAUUUAGAAUUGAAAAAGAUGGUGCAAAUUGUAAUCAAGCAAUAAUGCUUGUAACUGAUGGUGUACCAUAUAAUUUUAAAGAAAUAUUUCAAGAAUAUAAUUGGAGAAAUAGUCCAGAUGAACCAGAUAAAGCUGAUAUGCCUGUUAGAGUAUUUACAUAUUUAAUUGGACGUGAAGUAACUGAUGUACGUGAAGUUAAAUGGAUGGCAUGUGCUAAUCGUGGUUAUUAUGUACAUUUAUCAACAUUUGCUGAAGUCAGAGAACAAGUAUUAAAUUAUGUACCAGUUAUGGCUAGACCACUUGUAUUGGGUAAAACAUUUCAUCCACCAAUUUGGACACCAGUAUAUGCUGAUAUUACUGAUCCAAAAAUGACUGAUUGGCUAUGGGAAAGAAGAGAAUGCAAAGAACAAAAAGAAAGAUUUCUUGAAUAUCAUAAAGAUAAAAAAUUAUUCUUCAGUUCAUUGGAUCAACGUGAUCGUUAUUUAGUACAUAAACCAAAUAGAAAACAUCAUGAUUUUAAUGAUGACGUACAGGCAUAUCAAUUAAUGACAUCAGUCAGUAUGCCAGUAUAUGAUAGACGUGAAAAUGCUAACAUCACUGAAAAAGUGCUCGUGAAGGAGGCCUACUGGGUCCCAGAGACAAAAGAGACGAGAAUUGCGGACUUACUUGGUGUAGCUGGAACAGAUGUACCAAUUCAACAAAUACAAAAACUCAUGUUGCCUCACAUGCUUGGUGUAAAUGGUUAUGCUUUUAUCGUAACAAACAAUGGAUAUAUUCUUAUACAUCCUGAUUUGAGACCUGUCUUUCAAGGAAUAUUAAAACCAUCUUACAAUGCCGUUGACAUGGCUGAAGUUGAAUUGAUGGACAAUGACAGGGACUCGAGAGAUUUCGAUGAAGGCAUAACAAUGUUUCGUAAUGAAGUUAUUAAUCAGGCAAAUGGUAGUGUAAUACUCCACACAAAAUAUCACUAUGAUGACAUGAAACGAGUUGGCAGAAUGAAAAGACGAUAUGAUUAUACUGCCAUUGAACAAACUCCAUUUACUCUGGUGGUGAGUUUACCUGAGCAUGAUCAUGGCAGUUAUCGUGUUCAUGCCACUGAGGAAAUACACAGAGCCCAUGUCAAUGGAAAAAAUGCGACAGAUUAUUUUUCUGGUAAAACCUGGCGGAUACAUCCAGACUGGACAUAUUGCAAGUAUCAUUAUGAAGAUGAUCAUAAAUUUGAAUCACCAGAAAAAAUGCUUCUUCAUUUUUUGGAAAGAACACGUCAGCCAGGUUGGUUUUGGAGUGAUAAAAAAUUACCAUCACAACCACCAGAAUAUUCUGUCACAAAUCCUGGAAAUAGUGGAUCACACACUAGUUCACAUGCUGCUGAUCGAGAAUCAUUUUACUGUGAUCGUUUACUUUUACAAAGUCUUGUACAUGAUGCCAAGGUAACAGCCUGGUUUGCAAACAUCAAUACAACUCGUGAUGAAAAAGGACCUUUAGCUAGACUGAUGAAACUCCUGCCCAGAAAAGAAUUUCAACAACGUUUCAAGUUGACUAUGGCAUUUAUGGCUAGUCACAGUGGAUUAAUGAGAUGGCAAGAUUAUCCACUUGAUGACAACGAUGAUUUAAUUGCUGAUCCAGAUGAACAUUUUAGUCAAAUGUAUAGACGUGGUAUUGAUGAAAUAUGGUAUAAACGUGCUGUUGAACAAUUUUACAUACAUCCAGAUAGUUUUGUAUUUUCAAUACCAAUUGAUGAAGAUAAUGGUGCUGAUAAUACAACACUUGUUACAGCAAGUCGUGCAAUAUUUAUACAAAAUAAUAAAGCAAAAGCACCAGCAGCUGUUGUUGGUUUUCAAUUUAAACACAAAGCAUUGCAAGAAUUAUUUAGAGAUAUAACAUAUAAUUGUGAUAAAAUACAAAAUUGUCAUCAAAGCUGUAGUAAUACAUCAUUAGAAUGUUAUUUAAUUGAUAAUAAUGGCUAUGUUGUUGCUGCUGAAAAUGAAAGUGAUGCUGGUAAAUUUUUUGGUAAUAUCAGAGGUGGUGUUAUGACGAGUCUCAUUCAAGAUGGUAUUUAUGAUAAAAUUAAAAUAUUUGAUUAUCAAGCUGUUUGUUUUAUAAAUACACAAACAAGUAGUCAUGGUAGUUUAAUAUCAACACCAUGGAAAACAACACAACGUAUAUUAACAUGGUUCUUUGGACAUGUAUUAUUAAUGUGGACUAAAAUUGGUUUUAUUCAUUCAAAUAAUGCAUAUGCAUAUGAAAAUGAAAAUAUUGGUGGUACUGGUGGUACUGGUGGUACUGGUGGUAAUGAUGAAGAUGUUGGAGGUGUUGAAGGAGAAGGCCAUGAUGAUUAUCUUGAUGGUGAUGAAAAAAUAACAUCUGAUGGUAUUAUUAAAGGUGAAUCAUCAUUUGAUCCACGUGUCUUAAUAAAUAGAACAAAACCUCAACCAUGUGAUAAAGAAGUUUAUCUUUAUUUAUUAAAAAAUGGAUCAACAAAAUAUGACAUUGAUUUCAAUUCAAGUAAAGGCUGUGAAAGACCAUAUGUCGUUCAACCAGUUGAUUUUAGCAAUAUGUUAUUGGUGGUUGUUGAUGUUAAUUGUCCAAAUACAGAUAGACCACCAAUUGACACUGAACCAGUUGAAAUAUAUUAUAAUUCAACUUUGGCAUGUCAAAAAGCAUUUAAUGGCUUGAAAAGAAAAAGGCCACAGUAUUGUGUACGAACACACAAAAAUGAAUCAGAAAUUAAAGAUCGUUGUGGUGAUGCAUCUAGUAUAGGACCAAAUACUAUUUUAUUAACAUUAACUUUUAUUAUUUUUUUAAAAACUUUUCAACUAGUAGUCAUUCAUUAAGUCAAUCAAUCAAUCAAUCAUUUUUCAUUUAUUAAAAAAAAUCAUCAAUAGUUCAGAGCUUAUGUCAAAAUUUUCUUUUAUUUAUUAAAUAAUUAUAAUAUUCAAAAGCUCGAUUUUUUAUUCAUUAUUAUAUAAAAUAAAUAAAAACAAACGUUACUGUACAGUAUAAAAUAUUUCAUAAGUGCAACUGCAAUCUAUAUUAUUAUUAUCAUUAUUAUUCUAUAUGAUUGUUAACCCGUUUAUUACAAAAAAAAAAAAAAUAAAGAAAAA